AGAUGUUGGUUGUUAACUGUUUAUGUAUUUAAAAGAAAUAAAUUAAUAGUCCGACCAUCUGUUUCCGCCUCGUUAAUUCGAGUUUCGGGCCGGGUUGUGACACCUAAUGUAACCAAUUUUUUUUUUCUAAUGAACCAAUCAGUAUUUUACUAAGUUUUUAAGUCCGAUCAUGAUUUGACUACUGAUUAUCUGUGGAGAGCUUAUCCACUUGAUCAUGAUAUUGUUUUUUUAUCUGUUAUCUUGAGCAAGUAUCCUUUGAUCAGACCUUGAAAUGAAAGUAGUUCCUGAAUUUUCGGGUCUAAAGCUUUUUCAUGUGGACGAUGUGAUUAAAAGCAAAAGGAUUCUAACUGUUUAGGAGACAUUUAUGUAAGCUGGUAAAAAUGAUACUUUUUUGGUAUAAACAACCAUUGCAAUGGAAAAUCUUUUUGAUAUUUACAGAUUAUUUGAUAAAUAUCACUAUCUAAUCAGAUACAUCAGCUUGUCCCGAUGACAAAUUCAAUUUUUUCUUGGAGGCCAGUCGGCGGUCAAACAUGGUGUGCCUGCAACUUUAUGUAAAAGAGAUUGAAUUAUCUCCUGGAGCUUCUGCUGCAGCUUCUAUUCUUUCACGUAACUGGAGCAAGGAAGGAGUGUCUACAUGGAAGACUACUCAAACGAAGGACCUUGUUUGGAAACUCUGUGCAUGGAGAGAUUUAGCGGCACGAAUCCAUGAUGAAAGUUUACGUUAUGUUUUGUCAGAUCAUGCAAUUGUCAAAUUAUCUAUAAAUAUUCCAACGAGCUUGGAAAAUAUAUUUGAAGUUAUAAAAGAAGCUGAUUUCUGUUAUGGUUCUCAAACUAGCCAUCCAUCUCUUUCAUCUCCAUCACCAAUUAUUAGAAACCAUGUGGAUGAACUUAGGUUGCUCCUUCAAUAUUACGAUGCAGACAUUAGUGAUGUGCUUAAGAGACAUCAACAGAAGCACUUGGAUAGGACUGGCUGCUGCCGUCUAUCAAUUUAUAACUAUGCUCUUUUAUCUGAGAUCACUUUGAAACCAAGUGCAACACCUUUCUCCUGGAAAAAUGGAGGAAAAUCCACUGCAACAGCUGGCAGAAAGUCAUCCCGUGAGCUUUUUGUUCAGAAGUUCUCUUGCAAAUCUCCAGUUUACCAUAAUUGCAGGAUAUAUGCUAAUGAUGGACGACUCCUUUGUUAUUGUGAUCGCCGAAAGCUGGAUUGGUACCUUAGACGUGAUUUAGCAAAGAUUGUGGAAAAGGAUCCUCCUGCAAUAAUGCUUUGUUUUGAGCCUAAAGGCCGCCCAGAAGAUGAGGGUAAUGAAUUCUAUAUUCAGAGCAAGAAGAACAUAUGUGUUGGAUGUGGCGAAAAAAAUCACUACCUUCGCUACCGUAUCAUACCAUCUUGCUAUCGAAUGCAUUUUCCGGAGCAUUUGAAAAGCCAUCGUUCACAUGAUAUUGUUCUUCUUUGUGUUGACUGCCAUGAAAAAGCUCAUGCUGCUGCUGAGAAGCACAAAAAGAAGAUAGCAAAAGAAUUUGAGAUCCCACUUUUUGUGGAAAAGAUUGCUGAUUCAGGAGAAAGCAACACCAUUAUGGUGAAACAAUGGUCUGAUGGAGGAGAUGAUGAGAAAGGUGUUACCCCUUUGCAGCUGAGAACUGCAGCCAUGGCACUUCUCCGCCAUGGAUCCCAUAUGCCAUUAAAAAGGCAAGAUGAGCUUAUGCAGAUAGUUAAGACAUACUUUGGGGGAAGGGAAGUACUUCCAGAAGAUCUAGAAACAGCUUUACUUGUUGGUAUGAGUCCUCAUGAAAGAAAACGUCUCGAGAAGAAAAGAGGGUUGUCUUUUAGGCGUAAUAAAGCGUGUGGUUCUCAAGGAAAUAACUCAUCUCUACAAGACGAGGAUGAAGAGGACGAAAAAUUAGAAGAUGAAUGUAUCAUGGAAUGCAAUCUUGAGCCAAGAAACAUAUCCAAUUGUUUCAUCCAAGGGAUCUCAUUAGAUGAUGAACAAAAUUCUACUGAAAGUGCCACACGGAUUGAUGAAAGAGAUGUUUGUGUUUCCAAUGAGAGCAAUGGAAAUGGCAUUCCAGUACAACAAACGGAUGAAUCUUAUCAAAGUUACAUGUUGGAUCAAGGUUAUUCAUCUAGACGUGCCAAUAGACUAUCAUUGCUAGGUCAUGGACAUCAUGGAAAAGAAGUUGUGGAGAGAUUACUCAGAGAUCAUGGUGAAGAUGGUAUCAGUCAAUUUUGUCAAAAGUGGAGGCAGGUCUUUGUGGAAGGAGUUAAUCCUCGUUUUCUUCCUCCUGGUUGGGAUAUAAUGCACAGUGGAAGGCGGGAUUUUGGCGAGUUCAGCGUUUACAACCCUGCAAAGAAAAUGCUGCACCCUGAAACCAAACAACUGGCUUUGUGAAUUCCGAUUGUUUUAUAGAGAAAAUUGAUCGUUUGAUAGAACCUCGUUACAUUUUUGUAUCAUUAGGUUGUUCUAAUGCCUGUUUAUCAAGCAUUGAGUACAUGCUUAUGCAGUUCAGGGAGAAGUUCAAAAUAUUAUACUAUUAUGUAUUUUGCAUUCUCUGAAAGUUAACCAGUUCUGACAAUUUGUGAGGUGGGAAGGGAGUCAUUGAAUUUAUGAGCUGCAACAAUUGCACAAUUCAAGGUCCUGAGAAUGCACAUCUUGGUUUCGUUAUGUUACGUACUUCGUUAGAAUCAAAAGAGUUCAGUGUUCAGAUUACA